AUGUGGUCCAAAAUCGGCAUCACAUUGUUUUCGCUGCUAGUGGCGUGCGUGGUAUCGGUGCCGACAGCGUCAAAUCAUGCACGAAAUCACAUAGGGGCCACCCCAGAACGACCGAACAUUGUUGUCCUCAUGGUAGACGAUCUAGGAUAUGGCGAUUUAAACAGUUACGGUAACCCCACGCAAGAGUGGACGCCAGUAGAUCAACUAAUGAGUGAGGGAACGAGAUUCACAAACGUAUACUCCGCCGAUUCAAUGUGCUCGCCAUCUCGGGCAGGCUUCAUGACAGGUAAGAGAGCAAAAAAUAUUUUAUGACUAGUGUUAUUCGUGCAAUAUUCAAGCAGUUUUCACAGAAUAUAUGAUUAAAAAUGUGGGUCGCAUGACGGAAUUUUGGAUACCAUUUCUAGUAUUAAAUUCCGUUAUGGGAAUCCAACUCGAACCCGAUCGUCGAACAGAACAUCAUGCGCUGUUCUCACGCACCCAUAUACCUAUAUAAGACUCGGGUCCUUCUCUACUCAAAUUCCAUCACCUUUUGCAUUAUAAAUUAGGUCAUGCAUACAUAUAAAAUCCGACAUGAAUCUUAGUCAUGUAAACAUUCAAUGGUACUCAAAAUUCACUGAUUGCAAAUGCAUGCGCAAAAGUUUAAUUUGAGACGUGAAUGAUGUUUUGUAUUUUCAGGACGUUUGCCCAUCAGACUAGGCGUUGUUGGUGGAGCCCGCGUAUUUGUCGCUGCAGAUUCCGGAGGCCUUCCCAGACAUGAGCCAACUAUCGCUGAAAUGCUAAAAAAUGCAGGUAAGCAAGAUUAAAAUCUAAUGAAUAUAUUAGUCACGCAAAAGGAUACAGAAGAUCCUCUUACGCAAGUGCAUAGUAGAUAAUUAUAAAAGAUCGGUCUUUAAAGUAUAAUAUAUUUAUUCUUGUAAUAAGCGUGAUUUUUAAGGAUACCAUACGGGCAUGAUUGGCAAAUGGCAUCUUGGAAUCAACAAACACAACCGAACUGAUGGUGCUUACUUGCCUUCCAAACGAGGCUUUGAUUAUGUUGGCCUAAAUCUGCCCUUCACAAAUGUCUACGAGUGCGACCAGUCCGGAGAUUUCAUUCCAAAAGGACCUGAACCAGCCAAGUGUUUCUUGUACUACAAAGAUGAUAUUGUACAGCAGCCCAUUCGUUUUGAGAAUCUAACGGAAGAUCUUGUUAACGACUGGAGGAUGUUUUUGGAGGACUGGGAAGUGACGAAGAAAUCUGAGCAUCCAUUCUUCUUUUACUUCUCUUUCCCUCACGUACACUCAGCUCAAUUUGCCAAUAGGAUCUUCAAAGGGUCAUCUCGAAGAGGUAAGCUUAUAAUUAGCAUACACAUAGCCUGAUUUAUUAAAAGUACUAAACGACCAAAUUUUAGGACUUUUUGGUGACAACGUCAACGAAAUGGCUUGGGCUGUUGGAGAAGUCGUCAGCGAUCUUAAAUCAAGAGGAAUUGAGCGCGAAACGCUCAUUGUCUUCAUGUCAGAUCACGGGCCGCACCAAGAACUCUGCAAUAAUGGAGGAAGUACCGCCGGUCUUAAAGGGGGAAAAUCAAACUCUUUCGAAGGAGGAUUCAGAAUCCCUUUUGCGACAUGGAUGCCAGGCACAGUUCGGGCCGGGCAUAUCUCCCAUGAAGUAUUGUGGAGUUUAGAUCUAUUCCCGACAUUCAAGAAACUGGCCGAGCUUGGAGAAAGCAGCACAGAGGUUAACGGUAAAUUGGACGGAACAGAUGUCUGGUACGAGCUCAGGGGUUCGCCUGUCGAUCCCAACAUUAGGAGGUCAAAAAGGCCUGACUUAAGUAAAAGACGGCCGAUUUUCUUCUACUGCAACACCCAUCUUAUGGCGGUGCGAUAUGGAGAAUACAAGAUCCAUUACAUGACCUCGCCCAUUUUCCGUAAUUAUACUACCAACCCCAACUUGAAAGAAAACUGUCCCGGAGGCAAACCGAUAGAUGACUGGUGAGUCUUUCAAUAAUUAUGCUUUGUUUUUACCGGAUCACAAAGGUGAAAAUUUAUGUAAAGACCUCUAGUUCCUACCGUAACCAGACCCCCAAAGUAAUCAGAGCCAUGUCGGGCAAGACCGCGUUAAGGUCAUGCAUUCAGAGAUUACAUCAUGAAUUCAAUUAUUCCAUUACCUUUCUGCAGCAAACAAAUUGUUUUUCCCGCCGGAUAUACUUACACGUUUCCUAAGAAAACAUACGCAAUUAUAAAACGGCCGCUUCCUGAAUACUGAGUUAAUUCUUGUCACACACGCCUACUCAUCGCCGACUCAUUUUUUUUAUUUUAGGAAGUCACCUUCCCAUUUAGCGCGUUCCCUUUUUAAAAUUGACCUAUUGAGCUGGAGGAACUAAAGUCAUUAACGGAGAAACUACGGUCCAUGGGGCGGGACUCUUACUAAAUAGAACUCUACAUAAUUUUCUGCAGAAUUCUUAAGAAGCAAAAAAAGGCAGUUGCUUUUAGAAGCAAUUUUAAUUUAAUUCUUUUUCAGGUACAUAUCGCAAACCUGUCCCGAAGAAGAGCUUCAAAAACAUGAUCCGCCACUAGUAUAUGACCUGAGUCAAGAUCCCUUCGAAAUGUACGAACUCCCAGCAGAACAAGUUCCUGACAUGUUAUUGGAGAAAGUAGAAAGUAUUGUUGAAGACCAUAAAUCAUCAAUUGAACCCGCACCAAAACAAUUGGGAGACUUCCAGAAACAUCUAAUACCGUGCUGCAACUACCCUAUCUGUCAAUGCGACUUGUUCAAUGAGGACAUGGAGCUAGUGAGGAGGCGGGUGAACCACCUGUACAUGCCUAUGAGGCAUAACUCGAGCUCGAUUGACUAUUAGGAUCGCCAAUCUUACAUUCAUUAGGUUACCUUGUUGGGAUCGGGAAAAGGGCGGGAUAGUACAAACUUUUCAGUUAAAAAUUGUUAGUUAUGCUUCAACAGGCCUUGAAGAAACCAAAACCAUUGCAUUCUUGCCAAAUCCGAUCCCUUCCCUCUCAUAUCUUCCACAUACGUUACAAAACCCCCAUUCCGAGCACUGUCUUGAUUGUUGGAUUGAUUUUCGUGUAGAAUUUUAUUGUAACUUUUGAGCUUUAACCCUCAAUCUUAGUCAACAACACUUUAUCACGGGUCCAAUUUUACUUAUUGUUCUUAUUUACUAUUUCUGUGCAUGUUGUAUAUUUUAAUAAUAAUGUUAUGUUUUCAACUUAUCCAGCCAAUUAAUUUCACUUUCUACGACUUGAAAACCCCCCGUUGUUAUGUAUCUAGUUACAUUUGUAUAGCACAAAUAAAUUAAAAUUAUAAAAAAAGUCGUGCGGAAAUUUUAAUCUUGAAAUUGACUGUCAGAAAGCGCCGAUGUUUGGUGUGCAAACCGUCGAAAACAGUGGGAUUACGCCUUGAGAGAACCAUUAAACCAAUCAUUUUCUGGGAAUUAUUAGACGUUCAGCGCCUCAAAGAUCUGGGGAUCUGGUGCCUGAAGGAGAUUUGGAAGAGCGGAUUGGAGAUUCUAGCCUCUCCCGACAAAACAAAGGGCGGCAACCGGAAAGCGGAUAAGUGUUGA